AAAUUGAUUUUGUGUAAAAUAUAUACGAAUGAAGAAGAAGCUCUCAACACAAUCAGUAUCGAUUUCGUGAAAAUUUUGAAAUCUGAAAACUCUGAGGAGAAGAAGAAGCUUUUCGUAGAUUCCGUUUGGGGUUCUAAGGUUUCGUUAAACGAUUUAAUUUUUAACUCUGUAGUUUGAUCGGAUCGAUUUGCUAUUUACGGAGAAGAAGGAUAUGGCUCAGGCUGUAGAAGAAUGGUAUAAACAGAUGCCGAUCAUCACUCGCUCCUAUCUCACGGCUGCUGUUAUCACCACCGUCGGAUGUUCCCUUGAUAUAAUAUCUCCGUAUAACCUCUACUUGAAUCCUACCCUUGUGGUGAAGCAAUACCAAUAUUGGCGUCUCGUUACUAAUUUCUUGUAUUUCCGCAAGAUGGAUUUGGACUUCAUGUUCCAUAUGUUCUUUCUUGCACGAUACUGCAAACUCCUUGAAGAAAACUCAUUCAGGGGAAAGACGGCUGAUUUCCUAUACAUGCUUCUAUUUGGAGCAUCUGUUUUGACUGGUAUUGUUCUUAUCGGCGGAAUGAUACCCUACUUGUCUGCAUCAUUUGCUAAAAUCAUAUUUCUCAGCAACUCAUUGACUUUCAUGAUGGUCUAUGUAUGGAGCAAACAAAAUCCUUAUAUUCACAUGAGUUUCCUUGGUCUGUUCACUUUCACUGCAGCUUACCUACCAUGGGUGCUUCUUGGGUUCUCUAUCCUUGUUGGUGCCAGUGCUUGGGUCGAUCUUCUGGGUAUGAUAGCUGGUCACGCUUACUACUUUCUGGCUGAGGUUUAUCCGCGAAUGACUAACCGUCAUCCUUUAAAGACUCCAUCAUUCCUCACAGCCCUAUUUGCAGAUGAACCAGUUGUAGUUGCACGGCCUGAAAAUGUGAGGUUUGCCGCUGCACCUUUUGAUGAGAUCCACCAGGAUUGAUUCUGAUCUUACUUUUUCCAAACCGGAGCACCAAUGCUCGGCUUGUUGGUCAGAUAUAAAUGGUAAAAAGGCAGAUGUUACACGGUCUAUUAACUCUGACACGCGACUUGUGAGUUGUGAACAACACACCCUAGUUUCUAGUAGUUGGAUGUGUUUUGGUCUCUUCUCUUUUCUCCCAUCUCUUUAUCUUGUUGUGUAUACAAAUUUGCUUCGCUCUGAUGUUGUUAUGGAUAUGGACACACUCAAAUUGUACACAGCCUCCAGAAAUGUCGUAAUAUUUUAAGUCAAAGUUCUUUGUCCGCA